GAGGCCUCUCACCGGUUCACCUUGCCCGCCAGCGGUUCGGGAGGAGCCGUCAAGCAGGAGAACUUUGUGCUGAGCACAACGGGCACAGACCAGGUGAAAGGUGUGUUGACGCUGCAGGGAGAUGCCCUGUGUCAAGCUGACGUUAAUCUGAAAAUUCCCAGAAAUAAUCAGCUUCUGCACUUUGCAUUUCGGGAAGACAAGCAGUGGAAACUGCAGCAGAUCCAGGAUGCUAGAAACCACGUUAACCAAGCCAUUUACCUGCUUAUGAACAGAGAUGUAAACUACCAGUUCAAAACAGGCUCGGAGGUUCUCAAGCUUAUGGAUGCUGUGAUGUUACAGCUCUCAAGAGCCCGAAAUCGGCUUACCACUCCAGCCACUCUGACUCUACCAGAAAUUGCUUCUAGUGGUCUCACAAAAAUGUUCACCCCUGCUCUGCCUCCAGACAUCCUUGUGAAUUUCUACAUUAACCUCAAUAAGCUGUGCCUGACUGUCUACCAACUCCAUGUGCUGCAGUCCAGCACAACCAAGAACUUCAAGCCUGCUGGAGGGUCCAUUUUACACAACCCUGGAGCCAUGUUUGAGUUUGGCAACCAGAGGUAUGAAGUCAGCCAUGUCCAUAAAGUGGAAUGUGUUGUCCCAUGGUUAAAUGAUGCCCUUGUCUUCUUCACAGUUUCACUGCAGCUUUGCCAGCAACUGAAGGACAAGAUCUCCGUUUUCUCCAGUUACUGGAACUACAGACCAUAUUAAUUCUCUGUGGAGUGUCCAAGUCCUUACAGUACUUCCAAUGUCUCCCUGUGUUUUCAACAUGCCAGCUGAAUCCAGGUCAGCAUGAGGAGUGCUGCGGUUCACUACCUUGUGGCCUUCCAUAGGGUAGGGUCAGUGUAUCCAGACACAGCGUUAGUAACCUUGUUGGGGACUGCUGCCUAAGCAGGGCACCACGCAAUAUUGUGUGGCUGGUGAGAGCUUCCACUGUCUUUGUUCUCAUGUGGCUUGUGUGG